AUGAUCGAGGAGUACGCGCCGAAGGUCGCGGUGGCCUUCGAUCAGUACAACGGCUGGAACUUCAACGUGGCCCCGGACGAUGCCGGCGCCUACAUCGGCUUCGGGGCGCUGCGGGAGCGGGACUUUCCGGCCCACUCCAACUGGUACCGCCUGGACUGGCUGGAGGCGGUCGGCAUCGAGCCCAACGGCGAGCUGGUGAACACGGCCGACAGGCUCUACUACACCACGGAGCCGUUCACGCUGGAUCAGUUCAAGGACAUCAUGAUCGCCUUCGCGCAGAACGACCCGGACGGGAACGGCGAGCAGGAUACCUUCGGGAUCUCGACGCUGUUGAUCGACUCGGUGCUGGGCGCCUUCGGCACGAUCGGCAAGUUCGGAGACGACUACAACCACUACGAGAACGGCGAGCUGAAGAUGUGGUACGCCACCGAUGGCUUCAGGUCCUACGUGCAGUACAUGACGGACCUGUACGACGCGGGAGCCAUCGACCCGGACGCGAUCACCGGGCAGAGCACCCUCACGGGCCAUCAGAAGUGGGCCGCCGGCAUGUUCGGGGCCCAGGACGCGGGAAUCGUGUACGCCGAUCCGGCCAACAAGUCCUUCAUGGGACGGGCUCCCAUGAACGUGCUGGAGUCCAUACCGACUGCGAAGCUGAUGUUGACCCCCUUCACCGUGGGGAGCAACCGCAAGAGCCAGUACCGCGGCAGCGUUGCCCGGGGAAGCUACUUCACCAACGCCUACUUCACCUUCGUCGGUGCGCACGUACAGGACGACAAGCUGGCGCGCAUUCUGUGGAUGAUCGACGACAUCAAUCUCGAUCCGGAGCUGAGCGUCUACGCCUACUUCGGUGAGCCGGGAAGGCACUUCGACUGGGCGGGCGAGCCCUUCAACUCGGCGAUCUCGGCGAUCCCCGGCAAGGAGUACGACGACCCCUACAAGGAAGGCGUGGCCGGGUUCGACGCCGUGUGGGGCCUGCUGGAUCGCGAGCGGUUGGGGUGGAAACCCACCUACAAGGGCUUCAAUGAGUACCUGGAGGCCAACCAGCGGGAUCAGAUGGCGAUCUUCGGACGUUUCGACAUCUUCAACGCGACCGAUAUCAGCGACGUGCUCGCCAAGUACCUGCCGGAGCAACACGUCAUCGCCCAGACGUACAUGGUCGAGGCGAUCACGGGCAAGGUAAACAUCGACGAGACCUGGGACUCCUACCUUGCCGAUCUGCGCGCCGCCGGCUACGACGACAUCAUCGUGGCGUACGAGAAGACGACCGACGUCAGGGCGCACAUGAUGGGGGAGGGCGGAUAG